AUGACAGAAGGACUCAAAUUUGUUAAAUGUGCCCUCUUAUAAUAAGAAAAUGAUCCACUUGAAUAUUGUGUUUGUACACUUCCUAUUCCAUCAAAUAUUGGAAUUCCUCUCUUUCCAUGUGAACUUCCUAAUAAUUUUAAGCUUUUUCAAUCUAAUGAAACAUUUUCAUAAUUAGGAAUGGUAUUUGUAAAUUUCAUUUCUAUCAGAAAAUCAUGGACAUUGAAGAAGAAGAAAAUCAUAAAUUUAUGAGAACAAUCUGUUGUCCUAGUUUGAGACCCUUAACUAUUACAUCAAGAGAUUUUUACAAUAAUAUUCCAAUUUAAGCAGAAAGAAAAUUCGCCAUUCCUUUUAUUUAAAAAAAUGAAAUGAAAGUUAAAUAUGAUGGUGAAUAUGCAGGUAAAAUUGUAUAAGAAUAAUGUUGUACUUUUAUGAAGGGCAUGUUUCAUUAAUUAUUCAUAUAUGAUAGCAAUGAAUACCUUAUUUAUGAGAUAACUGCAAAUUUAAAAUAAAAGGGAUUACUAUGUUUUUUGCCAUUCUAAUCUUGCAAAUCUAUAAAAUAUUCCAUUAUUGAUAAGAGACCUGCAGAAGAAUAAUUAAUUAAUGAAAACUAUACUAAUGGUUAAAUUGAGCAUCUAUUCUUUGGAUGGUCAAAUGAAUUUUGUUCAAAGGCUGAUUAAUGUAAAAUUUAGAUUAUUUAAUCUUUUUUUAGAUGGUAUUAAAUUUCCAGAUAGUGCAAGUGAAAAAGAUAAAGCAUUGCUUAUAAUGUGUUGUAUAUUUAUUGAUUAUUUGUGGUUUGAAAAUUUUUGA